AUGGAUAUCGUGACGCGGCAAACAAGCCCUUGCCGCGGAGAAGCCAAACACAGCCACUCCCAUGCUGUGCCGAAGCCCCAGUCCAGCAAGACGGUGGGAGUACUGGAGGGACGUGUGAGGGCGUUGCAGCAACAACUGGACUGGAUGUCGCGGGAGCGCGAGGAGCAUCUUGACCAGCUGGAGGAGAGAGAACGGCUCGCCGCGGCUGCCCACGCGGAGACCACACAACUGCGAGAGGCCCUCCGGCUGCAACACGCGGAGACAGCCGAGUUACGUCAAGUCGCACACAGCGAAGCGCUUCGAGUGGUGAAGCGCGAGUGGCAUACAAAGUUUGAAGCGCUAGCUAGGAGUAACGCCGGACUUCUUCACGAAGUACAACUACGAGACAAACACAUUAGGGUUCUUGAAGACAAGGUACGUACCUUUGAAAAAAAAGGUGAUAAUACUGAUAAGAAAUGUGAUGAUAAUUUUAUUGUACUUACUGCAGAACUUUUGCAACGUGAAAAACUUAUGGGUGAAAAGGAUGCUUUGCUUCACGCAUAUGAGGUAAGGUUAGAAAAAGUUGAAAAAAGGAUCCAAAGUCUUUUGGAGUCAAAAUGUGAGACAGAGUCACUUCUUGCAGAAGUUAUAAGAGAGAGAGACGCACUUGUGUUUGAAAAUAAAAGACUGUCAACACAGAAGCAACAACUUCAAACUUACUUUGAGGGUUUUGUAUCACAUCGAGGUAGAAUAGGUGAGUCUAUGAAGUACCCCUACAGGGGGAUCUAUUCCAAAGAUACAGAUGACAAUAAAAUAGUUUCAAACUGUUCCAUAAGAGAAUAUCAAAACUUGGUAACUCUUCUUUCAGGUCACUCUGUUGCUAAUGAGAAGAGGUUGGUGGUUGGAAAAAUGUUUUUUUGGUGGUUACUCUUUGCUUAUCGCCGCAAAGCUUACCUUCUUCAAAAGAAGGAGCAACAAUUGCUUUCCAGUGAAGCUACUGCAACCAUGUUGGGAGAAGCUUUAGAAAAAGGUGAGGCGUGUGUACAAUGGUCUAAAAUGGCAGUUGCUGAAGCACACUUGGGGCGAGAAGCGGCAGAAAAGGCGUUGGAUGAGAAUAAGAAGCAACAUGAGGAAGUAGAAGAACUAUGGACUCAAAAAGAGGUUGAAAUGUCUACUAUAAUUACUAAUCUUGAAGAUCAACUUUGUGGAGUUAGGCAACAAUUGCAUGAACUCAACAAGGUGCAAGGGAGGAAAAAACAAGAACAACAAGAGACUAUCUUUCGGAUGGAUUAUGAAGUAAGUAAAGACUCUCUCAAUUUAACGCGACAUUCUUGCACAAGUCGUAGACAUUUAAAACAAAGAGAAAUAAAAAGGUCUCAUCCUGUGACUAAUCGAGAAACGAUGGAUAAACUUCCUUCACAGGAUGAAGCUGCUUCCAGUUCUGUAGAAGUUGAAACGGAAGAAGAAGAAGAAGAAAUACAGAGUGAAGAAAGUAAGGACGAAGUAAAGAUGAAUGCGGAAGCUUUAUCAGAUGCCAUUGAUAGUUUUUCUACCCUUCAAGAUGGAUCAGAAGCAGCUUCUAUUAUUGGAACACUUCUCUCACUACAUCGUCAGGAGGUGGAAACGUGGCGUGGCAAGACCUUGGUGGCACAGAAGCAGGCGGAGAAGGCAGAGGAAGAAAAGUAUACCUUGUCAAUGCAUUUUCAACGAUGUAUUUUUCUGUAUCUGCAGACAUUAGAGGAAAUGUAUGCUAAUGAGGUGUCACAAAGAGCAAACGAUUUUCUAGAAACUUGUUUGGGGAUACUUGGAGGAGAAAAGUCCUCAGAUUCUGCCAUACAUCCUCCAACUCAGGGGGCGAAUGAGUUUACUGAGUGGGAAAAUAAAAAGCUCUUCAUGAUGAAGAUCUGGAGUAAGUGGCGUCUCCAAGUUGAGACUUCGCGUAAUGUCAAAGUAAUGGAAAAAGCGAUGCAAACUGUCAGUUCAUUGAUGGAGCAACACGAGCAGCUGAAGCUCAUCACACAGCGUGCGAUGCUACGUAUAAAAGAACUUGAGGGAUAA